UCAGGAUAGGACAGAUAGAUAUUUUCCUUCUUUAAUUUUUAUGAUGCUAUUAACUACAGCUGGUAUAAAGCUCUGAUUAAAUCUGGUAACUCUGCAUUUGAUUUUAGGGAGACACUAUUUAUUAGUAAAAGCGUGGUUCACUCUGCAAAAGCUCGCUGCUAUUACAAGGUCUUUGACAUCACAAUUUCUCAUAAUGACAUUAAUAAUUUGUAUUUGUAUUAAUUAUUUGUUAAAUACUGAUGGUGACCAUCUAGAUUGAUUGCAAAAGCUGUUGUCUGUCCCAUUAUCAGGAAUCAUACAGAAGGAAGAAAUUCAAGUAGAUGUACUCCAAAGUGUUUUAUUCAACAAUUGCUGCAAUUAUUCAGUCACAAAGUAAAGCCAGCUUUCCACUAGAGGUGCAUAUAGCAUUGCUGAUCUAGGCAGCCCCCUACUGCAUAAUCAUGAGUACUUUUUAUUUAGUGAAUACUGAUGUAAUUUGGCAACCCUUAUAAGUUGAUAAAAUCUGCUAAAGUUCAAAACCAUUUUAGAGAAAGGACCAGAGUAAACAUUAACAACCUCAUUUGCUUAGGUUGGCUAACUUGAAAAGGCUGCAUAACAUCAAUGAAAAUGCUUUGUCAAUCACAUUCUACACUAGAUUAGUCUUAAAGUCCAAGGAAGAAUCAAAGUUCACCUAAGUAUAUAAACUUCUGCCCAGCACUCUCUGGUAUCAUUUACAUGUUUAACGAAAAAGAAAAAUGAAGGAGAAGGAACAGUCAGUAGCUAUUGAGGAAAUAAUAGACGCCUCAAAAAUAAAACUGCUAUCUAGCAGCAUUUUGGAUAUAUAUAACAGUGACCAGGGAAUGGCACCAGCUAAUAUGGGUCUCACAAAUGCUUCUUGCCCAGCUAAUCUACCAGUAAAAAGGGAGCUCACAGAAGCAGAUACAAGAGCAAUGGCAAAGGAGAGACAAAAAAAGGAUAACCAUAAUCUCAUUGAGAGAAGAAGAAGGUAUAAUAUUAAUUACCGAAUCAAGGAGCUUGGCACUCUCAUCCCCAAGUCUAAUGAUCCUGAUAUGCGCUGGAACAAAGGAACUAUUUUAAAAGCAUCCGUGGAGUACAUCAAGUGGCUACAAAAAGAACAACAGAGAGCCAGAGAAUUAGAACACAGGCAGAAGAAAUUAGAGCAUGCUAACAGAAGACUUCUGCUCCGAAUUCAGGAACUGGAGAUCCAGGCACGUGCACAUGGCCUUCCAGUCAUGUCUUCGCUCAGUGCUGUUGAUUUAGCUGCACAAGUCAUCAAGCAACAGCCUUAUCCAGAGGAGAACUCUGUGGACUACUCUCAACAAAUGCCUCUGGUACAUGGACAAAAUUCUGAUGUCUGUGAUGGAUCUACAGCCUUUUCUGACCCGCUUUCACACUUCACGGAUUUGUCCUUCAGCGCAGCUUUAAAGGAAGAACAACGACUGGAGGAAAUUUUAUUGGACGACACAGUGUCACCAUUUGGAACAGACCCACUCUUGUCCUCCACAUCUCCAGCUGCAUCAAAAGAGAGCAGCAGGAGAAGCAGCUUUAGCACAGAUGAUGGAGAUGAUUUAUAAAAGCAGAAAGGGUCUCAUUCUUCUCUAAACACUUGUUAAAAGACUUAGUUAAAUGUAAGCCUGGUGUUUGCUCUUAUUUUAAAUGCCUAUAAGAAGAGACACUGUAAAAAUCAAUUACUACAUGACAAGGAUUUCAAUUAGCCCUUACUUCACAAGAAAAUAAGAUGGUCAUGAACACCUAUCACUCUGCCCCAAAUUCACCCUCUGUUCACAGUCAACAUUUGCAAAAAUCUCUAUUCACUGGGAAUAUUUUUACUAUCACUUCAUGACUUUUAUCAGUACUAUGAAAAUGGUUACCACAAAAGGAAUACCCAUGUUGCAAAACUGUAUUCAAACUCUUUUCGAUCUGCUUACACAUUUCUCUGCUACAAAUAAGAUAUUUAGUCAUUUGCUAAUUUCUUUAUUUUUUUAUAACUAAAAAUUCUACAAAAUGUGAAGCAACAGAAAACUAUUUAAGCUGAGAACUGUAGAGAUGUUACAGGUUUUAAAAUCUAAAAACAUCAGAAGGUAAUGCUUUCACACAAGUAUGAAGUUUCAACUGUGUGGGCUUCUCUUUAAAAGGAGAAAAUCCAUUAAGCUUUCUAUGGAAUGCCUUUAGGUUUUUUUUAUUUCAUUUGUAGAAAAAGAUCACUCUUUUAAGUAUCUAUUUUAAUGACACAGAAGAAAAAUGGGAACUAACAUAAUGACAGUGAUUCAAAUGAACUCAGACAGAAAAAGACACAGCAUUGCAGCAGAAAGACUGUGUGGAUAUACAAGACAGCACAGACACUCCACGUUACACUUAGCACAAUUUAAAGCAAGCACUACUUGUGACAGUGCUAUGUCAGCUACUUAUUCCAAGAAUAUUCAAACUGUGUCCUUUUUUAUAUAGAAGAAAUUGGAAUUCAGAUACAAUACUGGGCUGCUGGAUGACACUUUCAGUGUCCUUUGACAGCACAGUGAGGUUUUUCCAAAGGGACUCUAUCUGUACGUGUGCUUUUGAUCCAUUUGGAAGCAGAGGGAAAUUACCAGAUUCCCAUCGCAUGCACUCUAAACAACAAGAAUUUAAUUUCCUAUUUGGCUUUGGAUUCUCUGCAGAAAAGCUGGAAAGGAAGACUUGUCAAACUGAAGGCAAUAUUCAGAAACUCUGAUGUGAUGCACUACCUCUCAUAACCAGCUUGCUAGGAGGGGGCAUUCAGAAAACUCCCUUCUAAACAUAGUGAAAUUCUGGAGAGUGACGUACACUCCUAAAGAACAUUAAGUGCAAUCAUUCUGAUUGUAAUAUUAAAACAUAGGGGAAUAAACUGGAAUAGGUUCUUCAUAGCUCUUCCUCAAUCAAAGCCAAAAGAUCACAUUAGGGAGUAGUUAUGGUUUAACCCCAGGUGGCAACAAAGCCUCACACAGCCACUCAGUCACUGCCUGGCCAGAGUGACUGGGGAGAGACUUGGAAGGGUAAAAUCUGGAAAGCUCUUGGGUUAAGAUAAAGACAGUUUAAUAGGGAAAGCAAAAGCCAUGCACACAAGUGAAGCAAAACAAGGAAUUAAGUCACUGCUUCCUAUGGGCAGGCAGCUGUUCCACCAUCUCCAGGAGAGCAGAGCCCCAUCACAUGUAAUGGUGACUUGGGAAGCCAAAUGCCAUCACUCCAAAAUCUCCACCCCUUCCUCCUUCUUCUCCCACAUUAUAUACUAAGCAUGAUUUGAUAUGGUGUGGAAAAUCCCUUGGUCAGUUGGGGUCACCUGUCCUGGCUGUGUCUCCUCCCAGUCUCCCAUGCAUCCCCCAACUCCCUUGCCAGUGUGUCAGUAUGAAAAGCAGAAAAGGCCUUGGCUGUGUAAGCCCUGCUCAGCAGCAACAUAAAUAUCUCUGUCCAGCACAAAUCCAAAAUACAGCCCCACACUAGUCUCUGUGAAGAAAAUCAACUCUACUCCAGCUGAAACCACCACAGGAGUUCUGUAAUGUUUCAAAAUAUGUUUCAAAAGUGUGUAUUAAUUUUGCUGUCACUGAGCCUGCCUCACUUCAGAAGUGUCACAGGUUUAGAAAUAGGAAGAAGAGAUUAAAGUGGAUUACUUUUUGCAUGAACAUUUUAAAGUUUUUAAAAACAUACUAUCCAAAACCAGCGCAAUUGUUUCUUACCAUUGCAUUUUUGUUAGUGGUACCUGGGCCCUCCUGUCAGUCAUUGUGAGGUUGGUGUUCCUGCCAGGCCAUAGCACAUGCCUGACCAACCCUGGCAGUGUCACAGCAGUUUCAUAAUGGGAAAAUUAGCAGCUGGAUAAUAAAUCACACUCAGAUGGCUAUGAAAGAUGAUGUUGUGUCCAUUUUCACAAGAAUAUUUAUAAUUUUAGGAAUCUCAAGGUUUUCUAUGAGUUUGUGCAAACUACUUGGAUGUAAGGUGACCUGUAAGCACAGACCUGACCAUUAGAAGAGGCUUUGAUACACUCACACUUCAUGGAUAAAAAAACCAGACAACAGACAGUGUUUUGGUAAUUUUCUUUUUUUUUGGUUCGGUGUUUUUGGUUGUCUUGUUAUUAGUUUGUUUUGUUUGGUUUAGCUUUUUAAUUUUGGUGAGGUUUUUUGGUUGUGUUUUUUUUGUUUGUUUGUUUUGGUUUGGUUUUUUUUGCACUUUGUUUUGUUUUUAUAGCAUAUCAGAAAAGCAAGUAUUAACCAAACAUAACUGGAUACAGGACUGACCACCAUUUUAACUGAGUUAAUUAAAAGAGGAACCAUGUUAUCAUAGUUUUGUCAAAGACAAUUUCUAAUAUUGACUUCUGAAUACAAAACAUGAUGAAUUAAAAGUAACCUUUAUGCCCAUAUUAUGUCUAGCCUACUAUUAGUAUUGUCCAUUUUAGAAGAUGAAAAGAAGGGUUAUUUGGUUAAUAUCAAAUGCCAUUUGUCCUUGUACUGCAGUUUCUACUACAUUAGUUUUAAAUACACCAGUGUGGAUUGCUCAUAAUGGAGAAAAAGAAAUUAAAUAUGAAUGUAUUACAUGAUUUUCCCAUUGAACUUUUACAUGUGAGUUAGACCAUACUUCUGAACUAUGCUGACUUUAAAUAACAUGCUGAAUUUCAUCACUUUUAUAAGCACUGUUCUAAAAAAACAUUAUAGUGCAUCCAUUAAAUUUUUUAAAGUUGAUUUUCAUUCUUCUGACAAUUGCUUCAGUGUAAGGCACCAGAAUUUUUCUUACUCUCCUUGUAUGAGAAACUUAAGAUAGUCAACGCUCUUUUUGCAAGGCACUGUAUUCCAUCUAUCAUUAAACAUAUUGAGGCUGUCUUCCUUCCUUCAAAACCCCCAACUCCCUUGCCCAAAACAAUAAAUACAUGAAUCCUCCUCGGUGUUUACUAUGACAAUGGUAUUUCACCAACAUUGCAUUUUUUUCUCCUAGGAAGUCAUCAAAAUUAGUAUUUCAACUAAUAAUUAUAAUCUGGAUUACAGGCUCACCCUUGAAUUUAAAUGGUGGUACAGACUGCAAAACCAGACUAGGACAUUCUGGGAAUUAAUAGAUGCUACUGAAGAUAUUUAGGAGAUACUUGUGCUGGAAGUCACAUCCCAGGAUUUCUGGAGUAAACACUCCCUCUCCCACCACAGACUUGCAAACAAUGCUGUGAAGCUGAGAGCACUUCCAGGGCAGAGCCAAGGCCAGUCCUACCAGCUCUGCAGAGGAAAGGGAUUUCAUAACUACAGGGACAUAUCCUGACAUUUUCUGUCAGGCAGAAUUUCUUUGCUGUCCAUGCAAGUUUUAUUGGUCUGAGUUGUGGUGCAAGAAAAAUACACUUUUUAGUUAUUUCCAGCAGAGAUCUGUUUAGUGAAAUCUCAUUAAAGAGGUUCAUAAUAUGCCCGUGGCUCUGGGCCUAGAAAAGAAUUUGAAGUUUUACAGAUCUGGACCUGAAGCAGGGCAGGGGGUAGAAGAAUUAGCUAUUUCUGUCAAGAUGUAUUAAAUGAGGAGUUAUUACUUGUUUUUAGUAACAGCUGUUCAAAGCUGGUGGACAUAUUCCUACAGCAUCCACAAAACAGCAGACUGAUAAUUACCCAAAAGGAAAGGGAGUUGAAAUAUUAACAUCCUGUUUAAUUCAUGACAUGGAUAUAGAUGCUAUACUAAAAAAAGAAAACUAAAUUGUUUCAUUGUGCAUAGCAUGGAUAGUGUGAAAAGGUUCAGUAAGUGCAAACAAUUUUAACAAACAGAAACACAGUUGCUUUAUAUAAUAAAAUAAGUAAAUAUAAUUCAGUUGCUUAAUCUUAAUAAGAACAUUGAUAUUAUAAUGCUUUCUGAAUUUAAUAGAACUGUAUAUACAAAUGGAGGAUGUAAAAUUAUUGUAAUUUAAAAUUAUGUUAAGUCUCUUAGAUAAGUAAAGGCAUUUACAUUGCUAUUAUGAGACUGUAGAAUAUUUUUAUAAUAAUUGCUAUUUUUCAUUGUUAACCAUAUAGUAUCUUGUUUUCUAAGUCAUUGUAUGCAGACAGAUUGUACUUUAUUAUGCACUAUAUAUGCAAUCUUUUUACAAUUACAUUUUAUACUUGCUGGCAUUUUAUGUUUAUUGUAUCAAUAUAAUUAAAGGACUUAAAU